UCCACAUUGACAGUGACUCCCAUUUCUCAGUCAUGGAGGGCAAGUUGCGUGUCUGUAUUAUACUGGUCAGUUUCAGUCUAGGGUCAACCCAAGAUCCCGGCCAACCCCUAUAUCUCACCCCCUACAUAGAAACUGGAAGGAUUCAAGAAGCUCGAGCUGCUGCUAAAGUGGAUUUCCUACUUGAGGGUCUAGUAAGUUACUCUGGUUAUCUCACUGUUGAUAAAGAACUUAACUCCAAUCUAUUUUUCUGGUUUUUUCCAAGUGAACAAUGUUGGACUUCAAGACCAGUCAUUCUGUGGUUGCAAGGAGGUCCUGGGGCUUCUUCCUUGCUCGGUCUGCUCUAUGAAAAUGGACCAAUUCGUUUAACAAAAGAGGAAUUACGGAGAAAUCCUUUCUCCUGGUCACAAAAUCAUAAUGUAAUUUACAUUGAUAAUCCUGUAGGGACUGGUUUUAGUUUUACAAAUUCAAGUGAUGGCUAUCCAAGAACUCAAAAGCCCAUUGGAGAAGGAAUUUACAAAGCAUUAAUGCAGUUUUUUACCCUUUUUUCUGAAUUAAAAAAUAAUGUGUUUUUUCUUACUGGUGAGUCAUAUGCAGGAAAAUACAUUCCCUCAACCGCACUAACAAUUCACAAAAAAAAUAAAAUGGCAAAACAAAAGAUAAAUCUACAAGGACUAUUCAUUGGGAAUGGAUUGGUAGAUCCAAUAAAUAUGCUGCAUUAUGGAGAAUAUCUGUAUCAAUUAGGCCUAAUAGAUAUGAAUGGUAAAUUAAUGUUUAAAAACUAUGAAACUAUUAUUAAACAACAUAUUGAAGCAACCCGUUGGACUCAGGCAACAAACACAUUUUCACUUAUGGUAAUGGACUAUUACUAUUCCGAAAAUUUUACACUUUUCAACAACUUAACUGGGUUAUCUCAACAUUACAACUACAUAAAUGACAAGGAAAAUUAUGACCUCCAGUCUUUUGUAACUAAUAAUACUAUAAGAAAAUUAAUCCAUGUAGGUAAUAUCAAAUUUGAUGAUGGAAGAAUGUUAGCUAAUGCGAUGAGAGAAGAUAUCAUGAAGUCAAUGAAGACUGUGGUUGAAGUUUUGCUUGAACACUAUGAAAUCCUUUUCUACAAUGGUCAACUAGACAUUAUUUGUGCUUAUCCUCUGUCAGAGAAUGUUUUGAGUGGUUUACAAUGGACCAAGAAAAAUGAAUUUGAACAAGCAGAGAGGACAAUCUGGAAAGUAGAUGGAGUUCUGGCUGGGUAUUGCAAAACAGGAGGGAGACUAACAGAGGUUAUGGUGAGGAAUGCAGGCCAUCUGGUGCCGACUGACCAGCCUAAAUGGGCUCUUCAACUCAUCACUAACUUUACAUCUGGGCUUCAGUGCUCUUAGCAAUAAGCGAGUAUUAUUAUUGAAUCUAUUUAUGUCUGUAAAAUAAAAAUACUGUUGAGAUAUUUUA